UGAGUUGAGUUGGAUAAUGGUGCGUUACGUAGUGGGCGUGGGAGGAUGGGCAGGGCGGCACGCUGCACAUCCUUAACCCUCGAAACUGUCACAAUUCGCGCCCGAUCAGCGUCGUGCUCUUCUUGUCUUGCCACUGCCCCUGCUGCUGCUGCUCCUGCUGCGGCCUCGCUCGCGCACAGGCGGCGGACUUGGGUAUGGCUGCUACUGCUGCUGCAGGGAAGCUGAACUGACGCCCUUUUUUCUGGCCGUGCUUUGCCUUGGCUUCUCUCGGCUGUUUUCUCAGCUUGUCCUCUAGUCUCCUCUCUCUCGCUGGUCUCCGAAGACUUAGUACAACGCUAGCUUCGCAAGCUGUUGAGACCGGCGCUCUCUUGCGAUGGGUUUAAUAGUACAAGGAGUGUGUUUCUGUGAUCGUCGCUUUUCUCGAUCCUCAUAAUUGAGUUGUUGGUGCGAUCUUCGGUUUCAGCGACGAGUUCUUCAACGGUUUAGUGGAGCGGGUGCUUCUUCGCAGAGAGUGCAGACUGUGAGAGGCAGUUUGGGUGGCUAGUAGCGGCGCGCUGCUCAUCGUAGAACAUGAUUUCGUGGGAUCUUCUUGAGGAGUGAAGGACCUGGAUGGAGGCGCAGUCAGCCGGAUCAGGUGCUCCUCGUGGGGAUAAUAGAGCUGUGGCAAGGGCUCUUUAGAGUGGAAAGCAUGUGUUCUAAUGGAGAGUAGUGGUGAACUCCCGUUCUUCCCGGGUGUGGCUAGAAUGAGCACCACCUAAGUGUCUUGGGAGGUCCUUCUUCAAGGCUCGCUUUCGCAUUUUCUGAAUCUUUAACGAGGACGGGAGCGUCCAGAAGUAGUGCAUGAGCGGUAGUGACCAAAGAAACUGGUCUUUGGAUUAUCUCAGUUGUCGAGUGCAAAGUGAGCGCGGCUGAUCCGUCCCGGUCUACCAUGCGGUACUAAGUUCCGGGGCUAGGAGCUAGGGAUGCUCGCAGGAUUUCAGAUUAUGCCUAUCAGAUGGAGCUAUUCUCAUGACACUUCUGCUGCUGACAGAUUUUCGACAAGUUUAGUUCUUACUGUGCAAGCCAUGAAAACGAGCUCGUAGAGCAUCGUUCGAUAACAAUGACACUAGAGGACGAAGGGGGAGGAACCAGCGGCUGUGGUGGAAGCUGACAAUAUCAUGUAGUCUGUCGAGGAAUUAAGUGCUUACAAUGGGACUUUUCCAGUGGGCCGAUAAAGAGAAAGUGAAGACGUGAAGAAAGGGAGGAAUUGAGGUUAUCCUGGGGGGAUUGGGAUUAUCUCUUGGCUGUGGAAGAGUGGGACAGUGGCAGAUAGGGAGAACAGCAAUACAUUUCUCAAGCAGUAGAUUAGGAAGUGAUUUCUCCAUGAGGUAAAGCAUCAAUGCAGGGUUCAAUGACACACAAAGACAUCAGUGGAAUGUUUACAAAUGCUGCCCCAUCACCGUCUGGCCCGUUGUCACCUAGAGCCGGCUCGGCAUUAAGUCCGGGUGGGCCUUACACGGUAGAUAUCAGGAUGCAACUAUCGGUGAGCGAUACCAAGUUCUCCGGAAGCAGCACCAAUGUCGACGUACUAGCAACUCUUGGCGGCAGCUCCGAGGCCACAGCUUUGAAUAAAUCCCAAAGCGUGGGAAGCUCUCUUCAGAACCAAAACCUCAGUCAGUUACUCCGUUCAGCACCAGGGUAUGGCGCCUCCUCUGCCGACCAGCAGCAUGGUGCAACAUCCAACUUUACCAAGUCGGUCGGAAUGGAGUCGGAGACGCUGGCCAUGCUGCAGCGACAGCAGCAUGCUGCAACAUCCAACUUUCCGAAGUUGGUCGAAAUGGAGUCGAAGACGCUGGAUAUGCUGCAGCGGCAGCAGCAACAACAGCAAGCAUCAAUUCAUCAGCAUCAAGAGUAUGAGCAUCAGGGGAACAACUCAGUUGAGGGGUUAAUCUACGACAUUUCUGCCGAGACGUCGUCUGGUUGUAGAAGAAGGCGGAUACGGGAUUGGAGCAGUGACUUUCAGGAGAGGUGCUCGCAAGUCAAUUUGGAGGAUUGGGCAUCUCCACGUAGUACUGAUGGAGAGGAGCACAUCAGUCUGCAUAUGCACGACCAAUGGAACACUACGAAAAAUCAUGAGCUCGCCACUGCACUUCAAGAUUGUGCUCCUACCACCAUCAGAAGCAAAAAGGCCAAGGUCCUGAAGCUACAGCACCACCCGCGGGAGGAUCCAAGAUGUAUAGUGAUGUCUUCACCGGUUAGUGCAUCUCAAGAUAAGUGUAGGACCAACAGCGGUACCACGUGGGAAAUUCACCUGCAACAGUGGAACGGCAUGCAAAGAUCAUCGAAACUAGGGGCCGUUGCAACCGGGAAGCAUGCAGAAGCCGGGAGCGCGAGUCCUGAGGGACACGGAUCAAUCUCAUUGGGUGCUCCACACGUACUUGUGGAUCUCGACGAUGAAAAGAAACUUACAGAAAUCCACUCAGAAGAAGCUAGAAUAAAAUCAUCUGUGUCCAUGACAAGGAGCUCGGAGGACAAUAUGAAGAGCUUACAAGAAACUCACAGGAAUAUUGACCUCCAUCAUCCAAAUCCUUGCAGAGUUGCUGGCGCUGGGAUAAGCUUUGAGAUGGGCUCCAAUACUUUCUUAUCGAAUGGAAUGACAAAAUCAUACGAGACUCGGGAGUUGCCAAAUCAGCUCUGCUCUGGCAAUGGUUACGUCGGUGGGUCCGCUUUCACUGGGAUGGAAGCAUGGCCGCAAGGAGGAGGAGGCGCAAACGACUAUUUAUUGCACACGAGCGCUGCACACAUAGCUCAUCUGCUCGACUUUCAAAUACAAGAGAACCAACGGCAUCUGAAACAGGGCAUUCUGAACUACCUUCCUGACGACUACAUGAGUGGAUCAAGGCUCGCAGACACGGUCGACUAUGAGACAGGGCUACGGACGGGUUCAUCUGGUGUUAACCUGCAGAAGAAUGGGUCAUCGCUCUGCUACAGUGACUUGAGCAUGUUACCAGGACAGGAAUUUGCCGCAGCUAAUGAUACCCUCCUGGAUUCUCGAUGUAGUUCUGAUGAGCAUCUUGAAGCUAGAGCUGCGUACGAGAUGGCUCGAACUGAGCAACAUCAAGCUGGUCUUCUCAGCAAGAGCGGCUUCAAGCGUUCAUCUAAAGGAGGUCCUCGUCGGCCAAACAUCAUCAAAGGGCAAUGGAGUCCCGAAGAAGAUAGUAGGUACUUGGUGGGCCUGGUGGAAAUGCAUGGACAACAGCGCUGGUCGCUUAUUGCCACACAGUUGCCGGGCCGUAUUGGAAAGCAGUGUCGAGAGCGCUGGCACAAUCAUCUCCGACCUGACAUUAAGCGAGACGGAUGGAACACGGAGGAAGAGGAAGCUCUAGUGUCAGCUCACAACAAACUCGGUAACCGUUGGGCAGACAUCGCCAAGAUGAUUCCUGGUCGCACAGAGAAUGCCAUCAAAAAUCACUGGAACGCCACCAUGCGACGGAAAGACAUGCGACGCAAGCACAGGAGGGUAACGGACGGAUCCUCUGACAGUUUAGAAGUUGUUCCGCGCUGCACAAUUCUGCGCGAUUACCAGCAAAAAGUGGUUGCUCAGCGAGGUGGGCGAAAGGGCAAGGUGCUCAAGUCUCUCGCCACUAUCGACAAUGAAAGCCGCUUCAACGAAGGCAACCGCAAUGACACACAAUCUCGUACUUCUGAAUUGGGUUCUCCGCAUCUGACAUGCGAUUCCCCUUCUGGCUGGAUGUCCAACGAGACUGAAAAGCUCUCACUUCCUGCACGCUUUUUGGAAAUGAGCACCACAGAACCUGAUCACACCAUCGUGGACAUGAAAAUUCGCGCAAGCGAUUCGCAAAAAGAAUGUGACAGGUCACGAACAACAACGCAUCAUGCGAAGGGCCUAGCACAAGACAAUCCAUUUUCCCUAGCGAGGUCUGUGGGUUUCGAGGCAUCCUCCGCAAAUCCCACAAAAUCACUCGUUUCUAUUUGGGGUCAAGGAGCAGGGAGCUAUUCAAGACCCCCUGUGACUUUUUGGGGUGGUGAACAGUGGGAAGGAGCCGGCUCAGAGGUUUUCUAUACAGAACCGGCUGCCUCGGAUAGAGUAGAGAAUGAUGAUGCGGCUGUUUGGGUGACUCAAAUCAAUGUACCUGAUUUCGAUGUCACACCACGAUUCUCAGAUGCUGCCCCUGUCUAUCAAAGCUCAGAUAUACGAAACCUCAAGGUCACGGAUCAGACCAUGACUUUUCAGCUUGGAACCCUAGACCAAAUUGUGAACGGCAGCUCCAGGAGCACCAGUAGCCCCCCACCUCUGCUUCCUGACUCCCUCGACGUAGAAGCAGCAUCCUCUCAAUCCACACAAAUUUUGCAACAGGGAAAAAGCACGUUUACAAACAAGGAUUUGUCUACCCAAGCGUAUCUUCCUUUAAAUGCGACUUGUAGUACACUCCAAGGCAGUGACCAUUUCCAGACUUCUGUAGUGCUGGAGAAGCACGUUGACAACGCAUCGGGUGCAGCAGAAAGUGUCGUUAACUUCGAGCGCACAGGGAUUCAGAAUGCAGGUGACAAUGUGUUGACGCUGCCCGAAAGGAUUGGGAAUUACGCUCAUGAAAUCAUCAGAUCUACGUCGACGCACCCGGACAACAUCCUCACUGCCGCCUCCAAUAUUUGCAAGCCCAUGAUGGUCGUCGGGCUGAGCAACAACAGAACCAUUAACAUUCCAAACCAUCAACUACCAGUGAACUCCUUCGAAAACACCCAUGCAAGUCAUGUUCCGAGGCUGCCUAUCUUCUUUGGCAACCUGAGUCAUGACACAUUCAGUUUUCACCACCAGCAGGCGGUGAAUCGUGUCACAGGAUCUCCUGAUCAUGAUAUCAGCGAUAUCACUAGCAUGCUGCUCCCGCGGGUGCUCAUAUCGUCUAUGACGGACGACAUCACCUCCGUAACCUCCGGAUCCACCUCCUUCUCCAAUUCUGACUCCCUCAGCCGGAGGUACUGGAAUCAAUCACCUCAAUCCAGCCCCAAGCGAGGACCAAGCGAUCUCGACCUGGUGGAGCUUGUCGCUAAACCUCUAGACCAAGCUCCAUACUUGCGAAAGGUAAAGCACCAUGCCAGCUCGGAAUCACUGAGGGUGAGCUCCAAUGUGUGCACGGUGCCCAACGUCUCAGAGAACGGGAUAGACAUACGUGGUAUCAACUUCCAUAGCCAUGGCCACCACGAGGCGGAGUCUAAACUUAUUCACAUCUGCAGCAAAAUGCGCUCCCAGUGGCAGCUUGGCUGCAUUGCCUUAGCCCACAGAAUGGGCGUAGUGGGUGCAGGAGAGGUGUAUGCAGUGGUGGCGGUGACGAGCCAGGACUUCUCACAGGCCACGAACGCAGUCAAUUUUGCUGUGGAAUGCCUCCAGAGUGAAGUAUCAGCCUUCCUGCAUCAAGAUGUCCUUCUCUAGCCCUGUCUCUUAUCUAGACGUUUCUGUUUAGUGGUCAGUUCCUAACACACGCAGAAGAUCUGCUUAAAAAGCAUUAAAACAAUUAGUGGCAAAAUGACAUUCUGAGAAGCUUUAAGUAAUCCACUAAUCCUCUGGUAUCCCUUAUCUC